UACAUGUCAAUUUUGUUUUUAAGAGCAUUAUUCAUUAUUGGCAUUUUCAAUGUGACAUCUUCCAUUAAUCUUCGGCAAUUACCAUCGUCAUGUUGUUCCAAAAUUUUCUGUGCGUGCUUAAACAAAUCAUCAAAUGUUCUAACAUCGUCCGUACAGCUACAAGUCAACCAGUAACAAAAUCCUAUCAACUGCACAACUUAUCAGAGGGACCAAAAACUUCAGUCACAGUAACAUCUGAGGAAGCUCUUAAAUACUACAAAGAAAUGGUUGAGAUCAGACAUAUGGAACAAUCAUGCGCCAAUCUGUACACUCAGAAAGCAAUUCGUGGAUUUUGCCAUUUAUACAUCGGUCAGGAAGCUACAUGUAUUGGUAUAUUCAAUUCCAUGAAACCAGAUGACACGUUAAUCACGUCUUAUCGUUGCCAUCCCUACUGUUAUCUAAUGGGGGCCAGCAUGUUAUCAGUGGUCAGUGAACUGACUGGAAGAAAGAGUGGAAAUGCCCAAGGAAAAGGAGGAUCUAUGCACAUGUACGCAAAAAACUUCUAUGGAGGUAAUGGAAUAGUGGGUGCUCAAGUACCUCUAGGAACUGGAAUAGCGUUCCGUCACAAAUACUUAAACAAACCCAACGUGAGUUAUACAUUGUAUGGUGACGGUGCCGCCAAUCAAGGGCAAGUUUUCGAGGCGUUCAACAUUGCGAAACUAUUCAACUUACCUGUGUUCUACAUCUGCGAGAACAACGUUUAUGCUUUGGGCACGAAGGAUGAUAGACAUGCAGCCAACACUAAGUUCUACACCAGAUGCGAGUACAUUCCUGGAGUUCAAGUCGAUGGCAUGGACAUAUUGGCCGUGGUUGAAGCUGCCAAAUUUUGCAGAGAGUACAUUGCAAGUGGCAAAGGGCCGAUUAUAAUGGAAUCCAAAUGUUAUCGGUAUCUAGGACAUUCCAUGUCUGAUCCCGGUAUAGCUUAUAGAACUAGAGAGGAAGUCGCAGAAAUGAGGAAGGCCAGAGACCCCAUUAACAACUUCAAAAAGUUCAUAUUGGAAGAAAAAUUGGUACCAGAAGAAGAAUUAGCCAAAAUUGAUCAGAUGGGAAAAGACAUACAAGGCAAAUUGGAAAAAGAAGCGUUGGCCGAAGCACCUCCACCUAUGUCCGACUUAUCUUUGGAUGUUAUUGCAACUUGUGACGGAUGUAUUUGCAGAAAUGUUUCAUACUUUAAACCGUUAAAACAUGGUUUAUCACGAAAACCUCUAAAUUUACAAUAGUGCCUUCCUUCUCCAGUAACUUACCUCAUCCUCUCCAGUAAUAGUUUAGAAAUAAUAAAUUUAGAAAUAAUUGCCAA